GUGUUAGUUCUUACUCCAACUAGAGUUGGCAAACCAGGUAGCCAAAGACUUCAAGGACAUCACAAAGACACUCUCAGUGGCUUGUUUUUUUAUGGAGGAACGGCAUACAAUGGACAAAUUGAUCUAAUUCGAAGUGGCAUUGACAUCUUGGUUGGGACCCCAGGUCGAAUCAAAGACCACCUUCAGAAUGGCAAGCUGGAUCUUUCCAAACUCAAGCAUGUUGUCCUGGAUGAAGUUGACCAGAUGUUGGACAUGGGCUUUGCUGAACAAGUGGAGGACAUUUUACGAGUUGCGUACAAGAAGGGUGAUCUGCUAUCCUUGACUCUGGGAGCCAGCCUUACCCUGCUCUGCUGUGAGAAUCCCAGUCUGGGCUGUUCCACGCACAGCCUCUAG